GUCACGACAGACGGGCCUGGCUAUGCUCUGGUUUGUUGCUUGCAUGGAGAAAGAGUAUACGCGAAAAUAGUAGCAGCGCAGCGUGGCUGAGACACGACACGAAUCACUGCACCAUCCCACCCAUGUCGAGUUACUUGCGAACAUACGCAUCAUUGCCGACUACUAAUAUCAACUCUUUAACUGAGCUUGCUAUGCAAAGACACUUCAGCUACGCCACUGACUCUGUCCUUGUAGGAAAACUUCGUCAUUGGUGUCAUUCGGCUGCAUAUUGCUUUUUCAAAGAGGUGGGGUAAUGGGGGCCGAGACAAUCACCACAGACGCUGAUUUGAGCUUGCGUGUGUGUCCCAGCAUACAUCCAUCCCGGCUUAGCAUGUGACGGACUUUCUCGUCACAGAGCUAUCGGGAUCGGGUUUGUAGCGGUGCGCUCGGCCAUGGACCCUCUAACGAUAGGCCUAAGUAGCUAUCGCAGGGUUGUCGGAGUACUACCUAUAGCACCUUUCCCCACUACUUUGCUCUCUCUUAGUGAGAUACAGACGCUACAGUCAAGUCUUGUCUUUCAGCUGGCGCCCGACCAACGGGGCUGGUAGGAGGAGCAGUGCAUGUAGCGGGAAUGGAUCC